UAUCCACACCCCCACACCCUGACAGGCCCCCUGGGACUCCCACACCUGUCCAACCGCCCCCUGUCCUCUGACUACCCCUGGGACUCCCUGCCCCUUAUCCAACCCCUUCACCCCCUUACCAUGCCGCUCAGAGCACCAGGACUUGCAGCUGCACUGCCCGGCCAGAGCCAGCCAUGCCACCGCGCAGUCUAGAGCACCAGGGCAGGUCGGCCGCUCUCACAGCCCCACCACCCAGAGCGCUGGCAGCACAGCGACCUGAGGCUGCGGGGAAAGGGGGACAGCAGGAGGCUAGCCUCCCCGGUCAGGAGUUCAAGGGUCGGGCAGGACAGUCCCGUGGGCCGUAGUUUGCCCACCUCUGUUUUAGACAGAAAAGUGAGUGAGCUUCAGUUGAACUUACAGCUGAACCUCCCCGCACAACAUUCUAUAAGGAUAAGAAUCCUUACCUGAAAUUCAUCUCCAGUGUGACUUCUGAAUCAAUCUACCUGUCUUCUUUCCUAAACCACACACAGUACCAAGAGAGAAGCAAUUUCACACUAGAUGAUCUUGGGGACCUUGCUUUUAUGAUGUUGACAGAACCAAACUAUUCACACAGUUUCCUGCUUCGUUCUUAGGCGAGUCCUAAGGUCAGGCCAUCUCGUCUUGGAAGAUAUUGAAAUGGAUAAUACAGUGUAUCUCACUUUAUUACUGUUGGCUGGUGUGCCUCUCCCACUGAAUAUCGCUGCACAUCAGAACACAAGCAACAUCCUAUGUCUUCUUCAGAAAUGUUCCAGUUUCCAAGAUCUACAAGGUGGCAACCUGGCAUAAAUAUUAUGCCUUGGGCUUAUCCACCAGGUCAGGUGCCAAGUUUGGAAGAGGUGCACUGCAAUAUCUCUUCCACUGCUGUAGCUGAGACUCCGCCUCAUACCAUUUGGAGGGGAUACUAAUUGUCCGUCACCAGCGGUGGGAGCAACACUGAUACAGGCUUGAAGACAGUGGUUAACUGUGGUUCUUUGAGAUAUUGUCUGUGGAUCCCAUGACCUGUACUCCAUCCCCACUCUUCAGAGUCCUCUGUUAUCAUGGGCUUUGAAUUGUGAGGGAAGUAAAGGUCAGGAUGGCUGUAACUCUCCUUCAUGCCCUCGCCCGGGGCACAGGGUGCAUGUGCGUCCCUGACAGAUGUUGCUAUUCAGAAGAAUCUGAUUUCAUGCACACAGAGAGUGGGACCCAUGCUGACUAAAACAUUUCAGAAACCCAUGUUUACUGUAGGGUUCAACAUGUCAAACACAGUCCAAGAAACUUCUACAGUUGGAACUUCUUGUUCUGAAGAUGCUGAUACUAAGCUAUCCUUCUUACCUGAAAAACUAAGGGAAAGACUGCUUCCUUUUCAGAAGAAAGGCAUCUUGUUUGCACUUCAGAGAAGCGGCAGGUGUAUGAUAGCUGAUGAGAUGGGACUAGGGAAGACAAUCCAAGCAAUUGCCAUUUCUUACUACUAUAAAAAGGAAUGGCCUCUCUUAAUAGUAGUCCCUUCAUCUCUGAAGUACCCUUGGAUUGAUGAGAUGGAGAAAUGGAUUCCAGAACUCUGUCCAGAUGAUAUCAGCAUCAUUCAGAACAAAACUGACACUGGGAGAAUAUCGACCAGCAAAGUGUCAGUUUUGGGUUAUGGCCUACUAACUACAGAUGCACAGACUUUAGUAGAUACUUUGUACAAACAAAAUUUCAAGGUAGUCGUGGUUGAUGAGUCUCACUAUAUGAAAUCCAGGAAUGCAACCCGCAGCAAGAUUUUGUUGCCAAUUGUGCAGAAUGCUGCACGAGCAAUUCUUCUUACUGGAACUCCUGCUCUAGGAAGACCUGAAGAGCUUUUCAUGCAGAUUGAGGCACUUUUUCCAAGAAGAUUUGGAACCUGGAAUGAAUAUGCAAAAAAAUACUGCAAUGCUCAUGUCAGGUUUUUUGGUAAAAGAACUCUAUGGGACUGCAGAGGGGCUUCAAACUUAGAUGAAUUACAUCAGUUGUUAAGUAACAUAAUGAUCAGACGCUUGAAGAAUGAAGUUCUAACCCAGUUGCCUCCCAAAAUUAGACAACGCAUUCCAUUUGAUCUCCCAAAAGCUGCUGCUAAGGAACUGAAUACCAGCUUUGAAGAGUGGGAGAAAUUAAUGAGGGCUCCAAAUUCAGAUGUCACUGAAAGCCACUUUGUUCAAGUCAUGGGUCUGAUUACACGCAUGUAUAAGCAAACUGCCAUUGCCAAGGCAGGAGCGGUAAAGGACUAUAUCAAAAUGAUGCUUGAGAAUGACAAACUUAAGUUUCUGGUUUUUGCUCACCACUUAAGCAUGCUCCAAGCUUGUACAGAGGCAGCCAUAGAAAACAAGGCACGUUACAUUCGGAUAGAUGGAAGUGUUCCUUCAGUAGAAAGAAUCCAUCUUGUCCAUCAGUUUCAGAAGGAUCCUGAUACUCGUGUGGCCAUCCUGAGCAUUCAGGCUGCUGGUCAGGGUUUAACUUUUACUGCUGCCACUCACAUCGUGUUUGCUGAAUUAUACUGGGACCCUGGACACAUGAAGCAAGCAGAAGACCGAGCACAUCGAAUUGGACAGUGCAGUUCUGUAAAUAUCCACUACCUUAUUGCAAAAGGAACUUUGGAUCCUCUUAUGUGGGCAAUGUUGAAUCGCAAGGCCAAAGUUACAGGGAGCACAUUGAAUGGUAAGAAGGAGAAAUUGCAGGCUGAAGAAGGUGAUAAGGAGAAGUGGGAUUUCUUGAGUUUUGCUGAAGCCUGGACCCCGAACGAAAGUCUGGAAGAGAUCAAGAAUGAAGUUUUAUUCACUCAUUUUGAAAAAGAAAAACAACAUGACAUUCGUGCCUUCUUUUCACCAAAACCAUCUGAGAAAAAACGCAAAAUUGACUCUUGGGAUAAAUCACUGAACUUUACUGUAGGAGAUUCUAGCGUCACACCGGCAAAGGACAUAGAGGAGGGCAGCAGGCAUUUGGAUGCCAGAGAAAUAAUUGAUGUGGAUGCAAUUUGUUAUGAAAAUGGUUGUGAGCCUGAAGCUAAAAGACCAAGAGCUAUAAGUACACUCACCCAAAGCAGCUCUAGUAAGAAAAAGAGAAAAACUUUGCCUGGAAAAACAAACUCUUUGUUUACCAAAGAAACAGAUCAUGGGUUUUCUGGUGACUCUCCAUCUACUUCAAGGGAAAAAUCACCUUUAGCCAAAGCCUGGUGUUGUAGUCUUUGCACUUACACUAAUAAUUUGUUAUUACCUUAUUGUGAAAUCUGUGAAUGUCCUCGUGGCAGUGAUGAUAAAAAGAAUACAAAUCAAAUGAAUGAUCCUCCCUCUACUCUGAGUGAAGGAGAAAAUGCAUCACAGGACUCUAGAAAAAUCAAAGGUAUAGCAGUAUGCAAUGCAGACAAUGAGAGAGAGGAUUUAGUACAAACAGCGACUGAAUCAUCUGAUGAGAUUCGGGGCGAAGUAGCUAAUGCUGUUGAAAAUGGAUCUGAAGAAUGUGAGCAAAAGCCUCAAGAAGGACGUGUUGAUAAUUCAGAUACUUUUCCAGUGUAUGAUGUGCUGAACUUCUGUGCAAGUAGGAAUACUGAUAGAAUUCACCUCUAUACAAAGGAUGGAAAAUCGCUGAACUGUAAUUUUAUUCCAUUGGAUAUAAAAUUGGAUAAUUGGGAGGAUUUACCAGAGAAUUUUCAGCAAAAACAAAAUCGUUCAUUGAUUCAGAGGUUUGUGAGAGAAUGGAGUAGUCUAACAGUUAUGAAGCAGAAAAUUAUCAGAAAAAGCGGCCAUACUAUUUGUAGCCCUAUUCUUGCUGCAGAAGAGAUUUCUAAACAGCAGGCCAGGCUGAGCAGCACCAAAAGAUAUGUGACAAAAGAGGAUGUUGCUGUAGCCUCACUCAGCAAAGCCAACAGCAGUGGGGGCAGCGUAUGUUUGGUCACAAAGGAAACUGCGUUUUACUUGAAAAAUGAAGGUACUUCUGCUGGGAAAACAGAUGGCCAUUCCACAAAGUUACUUUUAAAAGAUGAGAAAGUUUCUCCUGUUCUUAAUGCAGACUCAGUUCAGGCUGAAGUUAUUGAAGGUCCUGCCAUAUACAAAGGAUAUUUACAGGCUGUAGAUAAUAAAGGAAAUCCACUUUGUCUUAGCUGCCAAAAACCAACAGUUCAUCUCGAUCAACAAUGCAAAUCUAUUGCUUGGGAAACACGAUUUUGUUCUCUUAAAUGCCAGGAAGACUUCUUAAUUCGCUCUAGUCAGAGUUACCUGAGGAGUAAAGUAUUUGAAGUCGAACAUGGUGUUUGUCAGCUUUGCAAUCUCAAUGCCCAGGAACUCUACCUUAGCAUCAAAAAUGCCCCUAAGAGUCAACGUAAGAAUCUUCUGGAGAGUUCUUGGAUGUCUCAGCUUCCAUUAGGACAGUUAAAUGAAAUUAUAACAAACCCAACAGAAGGCCAGUUCUGGCAGGUGGAUCAUAUCAAACCAGUUUAUAGUGGAGGAGGACAGUGCUCUCUGGAAAAUCUUCAAACUCUAUGUACAGUUUGUCAUAAGGAGAGAACUGCUAAACAAGCCAAGGAAAGAAGCCAGAUGAAAAGACAUUCUUUAGCUUCAAAAUAUGGAUCUGAUAUCACAAAAUUUUUUGUAAAGAUGUGAGUAGGAUAUAGCAUCAUAUAUUACUGAUGUGAAAUGCAAAUGUGUUUAGUUGUAAUAUUUCAGAACUAUUAUGUAUAUGCACGGGUUUGGUUUGGCACUGAAUCUUUACAGUCUAAUUCUUUUAAAAGAGUAACUUCUGAUAAAUCUUACUCAGUCAAAACCAAGGCUAGGGAAAGAAAUUAUCAUUCUAUUUCAUAAUUGCUUCAGUAUUUCUGGGAUGUCAGCAAAACAGAUCAUCAUAUUGUCAUCAUAUACCGUGACAGUUUCUUCACUAGAUGGAUCAAUAGCUUUAAAACUAAAUAUCCUGGGUUUUGUUGUCAUAAGUCAGAAACUUAAUGUUGUUUCAGCAUAUGUUAUUUGAUCUAUUUUUUUCUACUGUAUUACUGUUUCCAAAUUAGAUUAUGUGUAACUACACCUUUCAGAAACUGGUGAGGCUCUAUUGGAAUGUUUAUUGGCUUUGCAUUGUUCUGGCAUACUAGCAGCAAACAUCUUACAGUAAAGAUGGCUUUGCUUAAAUCAUUAUUUGGUGUCUUUGGUUCAGACAUUAAAAUUAUUUUUAACAUACAGUAAUAGACAAACGUUCCCUAAAUGAAGAAGGGAAGGAAGGUUUUUACUUUUCUAUUUUUCUGUUUCUAUUUUUCAAUACUUGGGAGAUGUUCUGAUACUAAAGUGAUAGUGGAUAUAUGAGUACCUAGAUUGAUAACCGUGAGUGUCAUUGUUGGGGAACUGAGUUUGGAUUGAGUUUAUUUUCAGCAAUUAUUUUGGCUACAGAAUAAAAGGAAAGUGGCAACAGUUUAAUUGUCAGAAUUACUUGACGCUUAUUGCCUAUACUAACUGCAUUUCUACUUCAUUUUUCAAAACAAAUGUACUGACUGCUGUUUUCAUGGGCGGUAUAGUACAUUAGAUGGUCAAUAUUUCAAAAUAUGACUGAGUCCAACUGAACCUGAAACUGAAUUGAAUACACAUGUGACAGAGAACACUCUAUUUCCUAUAGGAGCUUGUUUUUUAUUAGAUAAAAUAAAAUUUGCGUUCUGAGUACCUCCAGAACAUAUUUUCAUUUGCAUAGCUCUUUCUGACAGACAUGUAUCUCUUUCUCUUGCUGCGAUCACAGUCUUGUUACUUGAAUUUGGAAAGGUAAUAUCCAAAGUUAGCUCACUAUGGCAGUGUUGUAUUUCACAGACUGGUUAAUCACCUCUUACUAGUUGUUUUCUCUUUAAGCAGGUAAAAUUAGCUGGUAAAGUAUCCUUGAUGCCUCUCGGAAAACUUUUUAAAAAUUACUUUUAGAAUAUUAAAAAAAAUAUAUUUCUAUUGGUUUUCUAUUAACUUCAGGGAUUCUCACAAAAAAAAUUUUGGUGGCCACUAACUCUUGCUGGUGGCCACUCUGACAAUUUUUCCUAAAAUACUUAAUUAAAUGUAGGAAAAACAAAUAAAUAUGCACAUACACCUGUCCAAAUCAUUCUAAUUUAUUGACGUAGGAUUUUUUUGAAGACUUGUUAAUAAAAAUAUGUACAGUUGUCUAUUUCUUUACUGAACCUAAACACAAGAGAAACAAUGUCUGUAUAAUUCUGAAC